AAAAUGAUGAAAAAUAGUAUGGCGCGAAACCGCGGCGGAGACGGUCGCCAUUACUACGUUCUAUUCCUCAUUCAAAUUUAAAACUUUUGUCGAAAUUCUUCUUUAUCUUUUUGCCAGUUACCUUUGUUUUUCUACAAUACAUAGACAAAAAUAAUACAAUAUUUUAUAGGGACGUACGUGAACAAUAUGAUGUAAAUAAUCAAUAUAAUAUUUUAUGUUAAUAGUAAUUAAUAAAUUUGUAAAUUGUGACAGUUUCUUAAUCUGUGAUAUAAUUAUGGACAAGGCUGGAUGGAUUUUCGAAACUAGUUUCGUGGUAUUCUGACGUAGAAACAAAAUGGCUGUAACCAGUGAUCUCAUGACUCAGGAUGAGCAGGGGACUAUCAGACUACAUCCAUAUUUAGUGGCAUUAGUGCGUUGGUGCGUGUCAUGUCUUUGGAGCACUGCUAACAUCGUUGUACAUCGGUUAUUGAUGACCCCACAUCUUCCUAUAAACGUUUCACGACCCCAGAAGCCACGAGCGGCCAGCACUGACCAUCUCCACCCAGAGCCUAAGGUGGAAUGCGUAGUUCUCCACACGCCCAAUGAACAUAAGCUAGACGUAAUUUUUGUACACGGAUUAUACGGGUCACUAGGUAACACGUGGCGCCAAGGAGACUGGCGGCCGAAGUACAAAAUGGAGCCGAACAAGAUCCCGCUCAUAGACCCCACCAGCUCUUGCGAAUGUCAAAAAAACACGGAACAUUACACAAAAACCAAUCAUUUCGAGAGCAACAUCCACGAUGAAUCCGUUAAUUUGUAUGACAAUUACGAAUCAAAUGUCAAAAUUCUGCCAAACGAUGACGUUUUCAUAACGGAAAAUUUUUACAACAACGCUCUAUUGGACCAAGUUGAAAUCGUCGAUAAUUAUGAGUUGCAAGCCAAUUUUGUUAGAGAUUUGUUUAAAAAAGAGUGUGACAAUUAUAAUUAUGAUGUUAAAAAUGAUGUUGAUACAUCACCAAAGUUAUACAAUGAUUGUGAAUGUAAGUUAAACGUGAGGAGAUGUGAGGUUGGCUGCGGAUGCGUCUGUGAUGAGUGUUAUUCUUCUUGUUGGCCAAGAGACUGGAUCAAAGUUGACUAUCCAGAAGCCAGAGUGAUAUCUAUAAACUACACGAGCGAUCCUUAUUUGUGGAGGCCUUUGUGGGUGAAGGAGAGUAAAAGGCUUCGACUUCACGAGCGCGCGGAACAGAUGACUCGUCAGCUCCUGGCCCUGGGCGUUGGUGAGAGGCCCAUUGUCUGGGUGGGACACUCCAAAGGGGGCCUGUUUAUAAAACAAAUUUACUGCGAAGCUUACGAAGCUCACCUCAAAUUGACCACACCACUAACGAAGUCAGAAAUACCUCAAAAUCUGAACGAACAAAACGUUGAAAACGAAAAAGAAAAUAAUAUUAUUAGGGAACAUUGUAAUAAUAGCAAUGUUAUUGCUAACAGUGAUAAUAUAUGUGAUAAAGAAAGUGCAAAGAAUAUUAAUGGUGAAGAGAGAUUGGAAGAAACGUCUUCAGACAGACAAGAAGACGUCUGCCCGUCGCUCAGGAGUGGCCUGUGGCGCAACAGUCGCGGGUUCAUGUUCUACUCGGUGCCGCACCGGGGCUCCCCCCUAGCCGACAUCAAGACGCCGAUCACCGCCAGGAGUAUAGAGCUUCUUGAGAUAAGCAAAGAUUGCGCGCUAGUCCUCUCGCUACAAGAGCGCUGGUUACAAGCGACGUCGCCGCUCCGGCCGGCAGUCAGGAGUCUGGUGGAGACCACCAGGACUUUAAUGUCUGUACUGUGGUUACGUAUCGUAAGCGUCACUUCAGCUGAUGCCGGCAUAGGCGCCCUGUACGGCGUCUCCUUGGACCACAGAGAGAUCUGCAAACCAUCAAGCCGCUACUGUUUGCUGUACACAGAGCUGAUGAAUUUGAUGAAAACAGCCCUGAACAAGUGUCGCUGUCAGUAAUUUUACUGGGGUGAAUAUAAAUACGAUCGGGGCCUAUCGGAAUCUGAUGUAAAGAAAUGGAGGUUAAUAAAUUGACGCAGAUAGCUUAACAAAAGUCGCCACCAAUAACAGAUGCGGGGUGAAUUGGAAUACGACUGGGGCCUAUCGCAAUCAGAUGUAAAGGAGUAAAUUGAUGGAGAUAGCGCUUAACAAAAUAGUAGCAGUACCAGUAGCUAACAGAUGUGAGGUAUACAUUAGUUAAUUAAUUCAGAAAAGGCGCUGAACCAAGAACCACUAUCCAAUAUCAAUAACAUGAAUUCAAUUAAGGCCUAUCGGGAGCAGAUGUGGGCAAACACGGGAUGCUCUUGGGUCAAAAAAUCGCUAUAAAUGAAGCGCAUCAUCAGAAUCAUUAACAUGGAGACAUGGAGAGUAAUUAGCUGUGGCUUUUGAAUCGGCCGAUUGUCGUAAUUUUGAACUUGAUAAUGUAUAUAGUUUGAAGCCAUUGACAGGUUCAGACAAGGACACAGAUAUGGGGUUAAACGGAAUGCAUUUGGGGUCUAUCGGGAAAAGAUUGCGUAUUUACAAAACGUUCGUCCAAAAAAUUGAUUGCUGGUUGGAUCAAAUCCAAUCACCAGAUUUCCAUUAUUUACCAAUACAAUGUGAUACAAUUUUUUUUUAAAUAUUUGUUUUGUAAUUAAGUUAGUAUGAAAUACUUUUAAGUAUAUUUGUUUGAAAAUA